ACAGCUUAUUAUGGGGCCUGUUUUGACUCCAAUCUCCAGAAGACCGGGUCCUCGUUUCGCUCCUGACUAUUUCUCUGUAAAACAAUGGAGUUAUUGUUGGGAUUCGAAUUUCAAUCAGGAAGUUGUCCGCAUCAUCAAAAAUAAAAUAAAAUAAAAUAAAAUGGAUGACUUCUUUAAGGGUCUGGACGGUAGACUGAGGGCUUCUGGCAUGUUGGCUGACUCUGUUAUGAUGGGCAUCGUCAACUCUGCAAUGGAGAAUGCCUACAAGAAUAGCUGCUCAAAAGAAGGAGAUCUGGUGCGGUUGAACGAGAAAUCUAGAUUCUGCGAGCUGGCCACAAUACAGCUAGAAUGGUGCUUAAAGUUCUUGCAACAACAAGAAGAAGAAGAAGAAGAGGAGGAGGAGAAGCUGCUUUCUGACCUGUUGGUGACAAGGGAUCGUAUCCAUAACAGGCUCGAGGAGACCGAGCUGAUGAUCGCUGAGAAAGAUAGAGAGCUAUCUGAGAGGAUGGAGAUUGAGUCUAACCUUAGAUUAGCUUUGGAAGUCAAGGAUGAAGACAUUACCUCUUUAAAUGCAGCCCUGGGGCUUGAAAGGGAGAAGCGUAAGAGAAGAAGAAAAAAGAGUACGGAGAAAAUCAGCCAAGUCAAAAGUUGUGUCGAUGAACAACUGAAGAAACUUAAGGCCAAACUAGAAGAUGGGCAACGCAACCUUAGAGGUCUUAUGCGAAGGAUAAGUUCCCGCUCCUUGGAUUUUGAUAGGUUGCUGAUGAUAACUGAAUCUGAUUUAGAAAGGGAGGAAGGUUUCUCCAACAGUUUUAGAGAUGCGAACGCCAAAUUAAUGUUAGAAGGAGUGCAAAAUCUGAAUUUGGAAAUUGAACUGAAAGAUAUGGCUAUAGAUAUGGGCAUUCUUAAAGAAAAGAUCGAUUCUUCCUUUAGAACGGUGGCGAGUUCUGUCUCCCUGUUCAAGACAAUGUUGGAUGAACAAGGAUGGCUUUGGAAUGUUGAGAGAGAGACGAUUGAUAUUAUAGUCAAAGGUUUCUUAAGUGAGGUACAAUACCUACUGAAGUCCGACACCCGUGUUGUGGUAGAGGACGUUUCUCCUGUGUUGAUGAUGAAUACUACUUGCUGGGCUGCUUUUAUAGAUGACAUUACUAGCUUGCAGAAAGCACUGGAGAGGCUAGUUCCAAACAAGGGUGAGAUGCAUAAGCUGGGAGAUGGUGUCAACUUGGAAAGGGAGAAUAACAAUGGUCUAUUGGGAAAUCGAGAUGUGAGUGAAGGAGGUCCAAGAAAGAAUAAUAUUGAUUGUAUUAAUGAAGGAGGCAAGGAGACUACAUCCAUGUUAGAAAAAGAUGACCAUACCGAGGAAUUUUGUGAAGAGAGUCCAUCAUGCCGUUCAGUCGCCCAAAAGAUAAGAAGUCAUGAAUUUAUCAUACAAAAGAAAUCUGUAGAACUUGAUAUCCUCAAGGGAGAAAAAUCCAGAGAAAAAGGGUGUUUGGCUUUUAGAAGUGAAAGAAGUCUUGAUUCUGUUUAUGAUAUGCUCGCUAGGAUCAACUCGAGCGUGAAAUCUAUCAUGAAAGAGAAAGAAAAGUUCAUCAGAAAGUGUGAUGACCUCAAGUGGAAGGUUGGAAGAGACCAAAGUAUUCUACAACAUAGUUUAUCACGAUCCUUAUUAGUUGAGGAAGAACCAAAGAUAGUUCAACCGAUGGGAGGUAGCCCUGAGCUAUCAAGCAGCAGGUCAUGUUGCAAUCUGACACAUUCUGAACUUUCUGAACAGAUAAAACAGUUAAGUCGAGAAAAAGAAGAUUUUGAUAUGAAGUCUGUUAUAUUGGAAGAGACAUAUUCUAUUAUCUUCACUGGUUUAGUAAGGAGACUGCAUGCUGAAUACGCCGAUAGUAUCAUAGAUUCCCAAGUAAGGGAUGACACAUAUAAGAAUAUCCUAAAGCAGAUGAUAAAGGAGUGGAGUAACAACAUUGAAAACUUUACUACUGAGAUAUUUUUCAUGGAAGACAUCUAUCGUCAUGUUUUUAAUGAAGUAAUCAAAGAUAUUAGCUUUGAUGUAAUCAUGAGUGAAGGAGAUAGCUACAGUGGAAGUUUACCAUUUCAUGGCGGUAUGUUCCAUAGUUUUCAUAUAACAAGAAAAGCAGAUGGAAUGCAAGAAUCAUAUUCCUUACUAGACCAUUUCAAAACUAGGGAGAAUCUGGAACUUGAUUUCGAUCCAGUGUCACUGGAGAGAAAUAUUUAUUCUGACAAUGAAAAAUGUUAUGUCAAAGAAUCAAAGGAACAAUAUGAUGCUUUUACUUUAGAGAGUGGGAGAUCUAGAAACAUCUCUCAAGAAGUAAAGUCCAGUAAGAUGGAGGUGAAAGAAGUGAUAUCAAGCAUAGCCUUAACUCCGCAAGAAGUAAAGUCCAGUAAGAUGGAGGCGAAAGAAAUGAUAUCAAGUAUAGACUUAACUCCUCAUGAUGAGAAUGUUCUACAUGAUCAGGUUGCUUCGAUUACUGAUUUGACAAGAUGUGCAAAGUAUUCCAAGUGCUUGCCUAAGGGACAUGAAAAAAGGAAACUGAAUGAGUUUCAGUUGAUCAUGAUACCCUUUACUGAUUUUUCAAAAAAAAUCAUGGAUUUUGAGGUUUUAGCAUGUGACAUAAUUGGAGCACAUAUGACGAGGUUAGAAGAUAUAAAUCAUCGUGUAUCUUCUCUUACUGAGCAUGGAAACUCAAUUAAGAACCAGCUAGCUCUCUAUCAAAAGGCCUUUACCCGGCGAUGUUGUGACCUUCAAACUGCUGAAGCAGAGGUGGAUUUACUGGGGGAUGAGGUGGAUCUACUUUAUGCUCUUGUUGAGAAAAUAUACAAAGUUCUGGAUCACUAUUCACCAGUUUUGCAGCAUUAUUCUGGGAUAAUGGAUAUUCUAAGAUUGACCAGAAAAAAAUUAGAUGGGUAAAAAAGAAGCUUGUGCAGCCAGGCCCUCCAAAUAGGCUUCACAUGGGAAGUAUGUCAACUACUUAUCUCUCAUUCAAAGUUGCUCCACGCCCCCAUCCCUGUAGAAUUAAUGAGGAGAAAGAAAGAACUGGCUGAAGGGAAUAUGUCAAAAUCACGGGAAUGAAGUCUUGUCAGAAAGAAAAGAAAUAGAAAGAAAAGAAAAACAAUUGGGAAACUGUAUGUGAAGAUUAAUGUUACCUCCCUCGUAAGAGAGAUAAUACGAGAGGAAACCAUAUUUCUACUGUUACGGACCCUAGAAAAUUUUGAGAGAAAACUUAUUUUUGUAUCUUGUAUUCAUAAUAUUGAAAUUCAUGGAGAUAUAGCUCCUGGAUAUAGAUUAUAGACAAGAAGUUGAAAUGCCUAAAAGGCUGGAUAUGGUUUCCUAAUCACGUUU